CGCGUCGUUGAAUACGCGCAGUGGCGAUCCUGAGAGGGCACACCGUUUCGAGGACGGGGAGCAGAGGCUAUUUAGCCUCGCCAAGGCAGAACGCAGCUGGCUGUGAUCUGAAGGAUACAUUCCGGAGUUAGACGGUUGCCAUGGGCCCAGAUCUCCUCUGGAGAGGACUCUUCCUCGUCAACUUGGUGGCCGUCGGUGUCCGGGGUUACUUCCAGGACAGCACGGGACGCGUGGGUGCCGGGGCCUGCUACCGGCUGGAGGAAGGCAAGCGCCUGGUCCUGGACUGCGACGGUCUCUCGAAGCGCUCGGACCGAUUCCCGUUCGCAUGGAUGAAGAACAACCGACGCUUCCUGCCUUCGAGCAGCGGAGACGUGAGGCUAGAGCAGACGCGCCUCAUCAUCGAGAAGGCACGCCGGGAGGACGCCGGUGUGUACAUGUGCUCGGACAUGAUGUCCACCGGAUACGGACAGUCCACCACGGGCCGAGUGCUACAUGUGGCCACCCCCAUUGACCUGGUACCUUUGAGCCCUCGGCUGGUGGUGCGUGACGGCAGCACCAUGCGACUGCGCUGCAACGCGUCGGCCGUGCCGCGUCCCGAGGUGUCGUGGUGGAAGGACGGUGAGCCGCUGCUGGGAGGCGGCCGCGUGCGGCUCAUGCACGGCCUGCCGCCGGACAACCUGCCGCUUGCGCAGCUCGAAAUCAGCUUCAUGGGACCCGAGGACGAGGCGGAGUACUCCUGCAAGGCCUCGCACCCGGCCUGCGAACUCAGCACCACCACCUCCACCAGGGUGUUCGUCAGGAUGAAUGCAAUCCAGACCAAUGAGGAUAUUCCAGGGAAAGGCAUAAUUCUCGACCCAAAGUCUCACACCUUAGCUUUGCAGUGCAACUACACAGAAGCUUCCAACAUGGGAAUCAUUUGGUACAAGGAUGGCGCCCCACUUCCGAAGGAUGAUAAGAAGUACAGCAUCAAUAGUGAUUCCAACACCCUUGAGAUCAAUGACCCAGGGUAUCCAGACACUGGAAACUAUACGUGCGUUGUUGAAGGUGUAGGCGAGAAUGCCACCAUUGUUGUUCAGACCAAUGUGUCCAUUGAGGUCACUGAAGGCUCCAAGAACCAAGUGGAGGGAGACCCACUCACCCUGUCUUGCAAGGCGUUUGGUGUACCGAUACCCGUUGUCACCUGGUUCAAGGAUGACGAGCCUCUGAACAUCUCUGACCCACGCAUCUCUCUGGAGCCACUGAACAACGUGUCCGAUGCCAAGCUUGUAAUUCAGGACCUGAACUUCGACGACAGGGCCCAGUACACCUGUGUUGCCAGCAACGGUAUCAGCAAUGAGACCAUGACAGUCUUGGUUCGCGUCAAGGACAAGCUGGCUGCUCUGUGGCCCUUCCUUGGAAUCUGCGUCGAGGUGGCUGUGCUGUGCGCCAUCAUCUUCAUCUAUGAAAAGAAGCGUGUCAAGCCUGACUUCGAGGAAUCCGACACCGACCAGAAUCCCGAAAACAAGAACUUGUCAGAUCAGAAGGAAGGCCAGGACAUACGGCAAAGGAAGUGAACAGCCGGCACAAAACAGCUGCAGGAUGGCUCAAGGAUGGCCGUUGGCCGGCUUUUCCUCUCUUCUGCCAGCAUCCCACCUCCUUCUCUUCGCGGUCGCUGAUACGGCCAUCCUGUCUUAUUCCCCAUCACAAACUGCAACCACUGCUCGCCUCCUAGUAGUAGCAGGGCUUUGCUCGCAAAAGUGACAAACAGCUGGUAAUUCGAAGGUAAUCGAUGACAGGCCGACAGAACAUUGAUGAAGCUUUCACUGUCGAAGCUAGCAGAUGUUGGCACUGCCACCUCCUCUUUGUUGUCAAGUCUUUGAGAGUAUAUAAAGGCAGCAACGUCAUUAGUCCUGUUAAAUCACCACGCUCUAUUGUGAUAGCGCUGGAACGUACCACUUUUCAGUUCAUUGACUCGCUCUGGCUAUGCAACUGCCGAAACCUGCUCUUGCAUAUUAAGUUCUUCGUAUGUUAGCCAUUGACGCGUUUUCAUUCCCGUUCGCGAAGUACGCUGGAGACUCGACCACAGUUUGGGUAAAGAACAAGUUCUGUUCAGUCUAUGUAGCAACCCUUCAUUUUUUUUUGGUGGCUCCACUCUUGCGCUCGCGUGUUUCACUUGUGUUUUACUAGUUAUAUCUUUGGAUAUUUUUUAGCGGUUUAUUAAGUGGUCCUUGAGGACUCGGUGGUACCAAGUCACUGGCCCAAUCAGUCAUCUAGAUUCUUGUUUUCUUUUUCUUAAUAUAUAUAAUAGGAUAUUAGCAGCUGGCUGCCAUUAGGCAGCACCCUCGGUGAUCAUUCUCACUUCGCUGUUAUGAAAGGCAAAGCCUUUCUGUUAACAAGUUUGCAACACGUGGUUGCUGCUACCUAGUUCAUUCACGCUAAUCAAGGCAAGGCUUUCUCCUCUUUACAUUCUCUUUAUCUUCAGUCACACUUUGAUGAUUCUUUUGUAGAACAUAGAGUACACUACAUAUAACAUAAGCAGUUUGUUUUGCUGUACAUAUAUAUACUAUCCACAGUGCCCAUUCGUGUACAUUGUAUGGUUCUCUGGAAGAAGUGCAAUUAUCUUUGUUAUUAUGUGAAGGCACAUUUGAAUAAAAAUGUUUCAUAAAAUG